GCUGGCCCGGCUCGGCGCUCGCGGAGCUUCGCAGCCGCCGGGCGGGGGGAGGAGGCGGGGGAGGAGGGACGGAGAUCUGGGGCUCGGAGCCGGCCGCCGCUGCGCUCCGCUUCGCUGUGGGGCUCGGUGUGUCGGGGGUGGGGGGGCGGGGGGGCUCCGCUAUGGAGGCAAAUGGGAGCCCAGGCACCUCGGGCAGCGCCAACGACUCCCAGCACGACCCCGGUAAAAUGUUUAUCGGUGGACUGAGCUGGCAGACCUCACCAGAUAGCCUUAGAGACUAUUUUAGCAAAUUUGGAGAAAUUAGAGAAUGUAUGGUCAUGAGAGAUCCCACAACGAAACGCUCCAGAGGCUUCGGUUUCGUCACCUUCGCAGACCCAGCAAGUGUAGAUAAAGUAUUAGGUCAGCCCCACCAUGAGUUAGAUUCCAAGACGAUUGACCCCAAAGUUGCAUUUCCUCGCCGAGCGCAACCCAAGAUGGUCACAAGAACAAAGAAAAUAUUCGUAGGAGGAUUGUCUGCGAACACAGUAGUGGAAGAUGUAAAGCAGUAUUUUGAGCAGUUUGGCAAGGUAGAGGAUGCAAUGCUGAUGUUCGACAAAACCACCAACAGGCACAGAGGGUUUGGCUUUGUCACUUUUGAGAAUGAAGACGUUGUGGAGAAAGUCUGUGAGAUUCAUUUCCAUGAAAUCAAUAAUAAAAUGGUAGAAUGUAAGAAAGCUCAGCCGAAAGAAGUCAUGUUCCCACCUGGGACACGAGGCCGGGCCCGGGGGCUGCCGUACACCAUGGAUGCGUUCAUGCUUGGCAUGGGGAUGCUGGGCUACCCCAACUUUGUGGCAACCUAUGGCAGAGGCUACCCUGGAUUUGCUCCUAGCUAUGGCUACCAGUUCCCAGGCUUCCCAGCAGCGGCUUAUGGACCAGUGGCAGCAGCAGCUGUGGCAGCGGCUCGAGGAUCAGUCCUGAAUAGCUACAGUGCUCAACCGAAUUUUGGCGCGCCCGCUUCCCCGGCAGGCUCCAACCCGGCGCGGCCCGGAGGUUUCCCGGGGGCCAACAGCCCAGGACCUGUCGCCGAUCUCUACGGCCCUGCCAGCCAGGACUCCGGAGUGGGGAAUUACAUAAGCGCAGCCAGCCCACAGCCGGGCUCAGGCUUCGGCCACGGCAUAGCUGGACCUUUGAUUGCAACGGCCUUUACAAAUGGAUACCACUGAGCAGGUGCUUCCAUUGCCAUCUCACUAUGAGAGCAUACCUGGAUGUCCAGGCAAGACUGGGCGAAGUUUCUGAGUGGCCCUUUGUUUAGGUGACGUCCUCAGACCUGGACCCCCGCCAGCCUCACUCCUCAUCCCAACCAGAGGUGGCACACUUGGCUUGAGAGUUGACACAUCUCAUCUCACCCAUCGGCUACCUGCUGUAACAUAAGACAACAGCCUUUAAACGUGUAUAUAAUCCAUGAUUUUGGUUUGGUUCUGUUUGUUUUCCUUGGUGGUCCCCUGUCCCUCUCCCUCACCCUCUCCCUCUCCCUUCUCCUUUUAAAUCUCCCUCAAUCACAUUUGGUAGUGAUUUUUGACUUAGUCUGGUAGUCACCUAGCUUAAUAUCUAGUUAAAAGCUAACCAUAGUAUACUUGUUAUAUAUUAAGGAGUUUUUUUUUCUUUCUUUCUUUUGUUUUCUUUUUUCCUUUAAUGAGAAUUUUUGUUUUGUUUUGAUUCUGUUCUCACUUUUAACGGAUGCUGAGAUGGUGAUGUUACUCUCCAUUUUUGGUACCAAUUCUGAGACUGUAAGACUUUUCACCUGGGACUUUAGCACACACUGAAUUGGAGUUGUGAUAUGCGGACCGGGAGGUGGGCAUAGACUCUAUUUUGUGUUGUAGAAGUGACAUACAGUUAGCUGCCUAACAGACUCUGUAGCGGUUCAUUUUUGUGACGUCUCUUUGUUAACCUAAGUAUAUCUAUUUUCGGCAAUAAGGUAAGGACGGCCAUGUUUUGAGGGUCCUCCUUUUCUAUGAGUGCUUUUUCUUUUUUUCUGUUCAAAGAGGUCAUAUUAUAAGGUUUUUUGAAAUUGUGAAUUCUAAAAAACAAAAAACAAACAAAAAAAUGUUGUAAAUAUAAUUCCAUUAACUACAUAGAAACUAUUAAGGAAGAGAGAAUCAAAAAUAUUUUUGUGAGGGAGUUGCUCCCAGGCAGUUAGGUACCCUGGAAGGAGGGGAGGGAACCUUGAUGAAGCCGGUACUGUAACAGAGAGCACCCAGCUGCCGGGGCAACCGGACCCCCACUCUUCACUGUUGGUGUGACAGACCUAAGAGCCGCAUUAGCGCCCUGCCAGCCUACCAGCCUCUCUGUGCACAGCUUCAAAUGUUACGGUCUAGCUAGAUUUUUAUUUCAAAUAUGAAAAACUGCUUUUCCCAAGAUGUUUUUUAAAAGGAAACAAAAGCUACAAUUUUAAUAUUUGACAUAUUUAAAGUUUCAAAGCACACCUGUUUUGGCUUAGGGGAGGGGCAGGGUGGGGGCAUUCUUUUUCAGUCUUAAUUUUUAAAUAUCUGAUCAUUUUAUAUUGUCCGAUCAUUUCAGCACCUCCAAAGGGUCCUAGGAUACUCUGCCUCUCUCUUCACCCCGCCCCCCAUCUUGCCCCCAGACGGGGGACUGGUGGGCCAGGUGUGGAUAAGCCUGCGUGAAUACAUCCUUUCUCCACUCACUUUCUAUUUACAAAUUAGGAAAGCAACCUUUCAGUUUAUAUAUAUAUAUUUUUUCCUUUUUGAUACCUCAGUGCUGCAAGUAUCAUCAGAGAGGCUAUGGAAGAGUUUUGUGUUUUUUUUUAUUUAUUAUAGAUGUAAACAGAAUUUUAAAAAUAAAAUAUAAACAUCACUGCACUGUGACUGGUGGGAAAAACUGACAGCUUCCUGUUUGCACAAGUUUGACAUUUGGCUGUUAUAAUAUAUGGUCCUCAGUUGGGGAAAGACACUUAGGAUGAAGGAUGUUUUUUAAUUUAACUUUUUUUUUUUUUAAAGAAAAAUAUCGGUAAUAGGUCGGCAACAGCAACUGUAGGAAGUUCAACUCAGUAGGUAGCAUUAAAGCAUACUGUAGUGUGGAUAUAUUUUUUUUUCUUUUUUAAAAUGUGAUAUUGACAUUUUAUUAAUAUUUUUUAAAUUGUUACGUUUAUAAAUUUGGUACUUAAGGCACAGCCAGUAUGAGACACUGAACGCGACAUUUAUUACAAUGAACUGCUGCACUCCUAUUUUUAUAAAUUUUACUAACAAGUAGACUAAGGUAGACAUUCACAGACAUGAUAGCGCAGAAGCAUCUUCAAAUGAAAAGUCUCCAAAAAAGCUAAUUCAGAAAGGAUGGGAAGAAGCCUGCUUCUAUUUUACUUUUAUUAUUUUUUAAGAAAGAAAAAUCAUGUUUUGUUUUUGUUUUUUUUUUUUAAAUAAAAUGCUGGGUUGUUUGGUAAGGUUUGGGGUGGUUUUUUGUUUGUUUGUUUGUUUGUUUGUUUGUUUUUUGUUUUAAGUUUCCAAACAACCAAACUAAGAAAAAUGCUGGAUGCUUUUAAAAUACAAAACUUACUCAAGUCAUAAAAUAACAAAAUAGAACUUUUAAGAAACAACAACAAAGAGAAAGAGAGAGAGACGCUAUUCCCAGCAAUUCAGUGUCUAGCGAGGGGAUUAAUUAAUUCCUCUUCUGUCCUCGUUGCUGAUGUCCUGUCCCCAGCCCCUGUCCAUGUCCCCUACACCCCAUCACCUCAUAGAACACUCUUUGUUGAUCAUUGUCUGUUAAUAAUGUAUAAAAUGGCUAUCUUGUAA